CAAUCGCACCAUGGUCCAUCCGGUCGGGCUCGUUAGGCUGGCCCUACGCCCCUACCCGUCACUUUCACUCUUCCACUCCUCUGCCGUCUGGCCGCCGUCGCCCACCGGAGUCUGGUCGUCGCCGCCGGGAUGGCCGGUCUCUCCGCCACCUGCUCCACUGCCGCACAGAUCGGGGCCUUCCUCUCGAAGAAGCCGUACUCGCCGCCGUCGUGGGCCACGCACCUCACCCCCGUGCCUUCCCACACCUUUUCGCUCGGCCACUUUCCAACGCCGAUCCACAAGUGGAAUCUGCCCAAUUUACCGGAAGGCACGGAAGUAUGGAUGAAGCGAGACGAUUUAUCCGGCAUGCAGUUAAGCGGAAACAAGGUCCGGAAGCUGGAGUUUCUGAUGGCAGAUGCCGUAGCACAAGGUGCGGACUGCAUCAUCACUGUUGGUGGUAUCCAGAGCAACCAUUGCCGCGCGACAGCGGUGGCUGCGAAGUAUCUCAAUCUUGAUUGCUACCUGAUACUACGUACCUCCAAGCUUCUUGUGGAUAACGACCCUGGUUUGGUUGGCAAUCUCCUUGUCGAGAGACUGGUGGGGGCACACAUUGAUCUUGUGUCAAAAGAAGAGUACGGAAAAAUUGGCAGUGUGGCUUUAGCUGAUUUGCUGAAAAAGAAGCUGUUGGAAGAAGGGCGGAAACCAUAUGUGAUUCCUGUUGGUGGAUCAAACUCACUGGGAACUUGGGGCUAUAUUGAGGCGAUAAGAGAGAUAGAGCAGCAAAUUCAGCAAUCCACAAACGUUCAGUUUGAUGAUGUUGUUGUUGCAUGUGGCAGUGGUGGAACCAUUGCUGGCCUUGCUUUAGGAUCAAGACUGAGCAGCUUGAAGGCAAAAGUCCAUGCAUUCUCUGUUUGUGAUGAUCCUGGAUACUUCUACGGCUACGUUCAAGGCCUGAUUGAUGGGCUUCAAUCUGGUUUGGAUUCACAUGAUAUAGUAAGCAUUGAAGAUGCUAAGGGAUUAGGUUAUGCCAUGAACACAGCUGAGGAGCUUAAGUUUGUCAAAGACAUAGCUGCAGCAACAGGCAUUGUCCUUGAUCCAGUCUACAGUGGGAAGGCAGCUUAUGGAAUGCUAAAAGACAUGGCUGGCAAUCCAGCCAAGUGGAAAGGGCGAAAAGUUCUGUUUAUCCAUACAGGUGGUCUUCUUGGGUUGUAUGAUAAGGCUGACCAGUUGUCAUCUUUGGCUGGGAACUGCCGUAGAAUGGAUCUUGAAGAUUCUGUUCCACGGAAAGAUGGCACUGGUAAGAUGUUCUGAUCGAUACAGUCAGGGCACUUCCAUGAUGGUUCAGUCUUCCAAACAUUUCAUUUGGCAUAGAGUAUUUACUCUGACAUUUGUGCAAGAAAAUCCGGAAUAGAUGGUUCGCAUGGUGUAGAGUAUUGAUGCAAUUUAAGAAUAAAAGCACAUCUUUCUGCCAUUUGGAAAUAAAGCUUUCUAUAUUGACA